UUGGUAACCGCGCAAAGUUGCGAAAUUUACCGGUAAAAUUACAUGGACAUGAUCUGAGAAGAACUAGCUGACCACCGUGUGAUUUACCGAAUACUUUAGUCAAGGAAUAGAGGAAAUAAGUAGUAUUGCCGUUCACUUGAGAAACAUUUAGAUUGUGAAUUUAGUGAUCGAAACCUCCACACGUGAAAUCAAAGAAAAAACGUGAACAGUUGAUUUUACGUAAACUUUACUCACGAGUAAACAAAAUUUUACAGUCACGUGCAUUACCUCACGCGAUCUCCUCAUCGAUCUCAAGCACAGGUUAAGUUAUCUUUGACCCAAGGACAGCUACUUAUGCUUAGACGUGGCGUUCCUUUACAGUCGUUUAUCUAUAGCGUCCGACAUUUUGGUGGUGUUAUGUCCUCGCAAGCUAAUGGUUUUCUAAGUCCUUGCGGUCGUCGGAAAUCACAGUUUACAAGAGCAACUUCUUCUUGCUGUUUAAAUAAUGGUAAAGACAGGGUAAUUGACAAGUCUGGGGACUCUAGAUCGAGAGAAAGAGGAGAAUUGCAAUGGGAAAAACUCUCUGAUGAUGAGAAGAAUAUUUAUCUUGCUCAUAAAACUGCAUGUAUGGUAAGGACAGAACAUUUGUAAUGUCGUCUUGGUUUAUAAGGAUGGUUGUAAGAUAGAUAAAUUGCCAAUUAGUACUUACUGCAAUCAUUUUACAAGAGAUAAUUUUCUUUGUGCGUAACAAUUAGUCAUGAACUGUAAUCAUCCGGCUGAGACAAGUUCUGAAUGAUUGUUGUUAAUUUAACAGUGACAAUGUGAUUGUCAUUAACAUCAGUUCAUUUCUGGGCUACUCUUGCCAAAGUGAUCACACUGACAACUCAAAAGCAUCAAAGAAUAUUUGUGUUUCCAUACUUCCCUAUGGCUAGGGGAGCAUAACAGAGAGGUUUUGUCCAAGAAUGUCACUGAUGACAUGUGCUCUUCAAACCUGACACUGUUUUAAACAAAAUACAGGAUCAUUGAUAAAAAGAUUCUUGGGUGGUUAACCCUUUACACCCCAACAUUAGUUUCUGUAUUCUCCAUACGGCUCUCUAUACAUUUUUUAAGAUGUCAACAAAGAUAAUUUGUUCAAUAAUCAAGAGCCUCUUUAGCUAGUGAUCAUUUCCUUUAUUCUCAUGACCCUAAUGUGCAAUUCAGGAGUAUAAUAUUAUAGGGAGAAAUUAGAUGCUGGUCACUCUUAGGGGCCAAAGGGUUAAAACCCCCAUUUAUGAGACUAUUAUUGCUUUUUUUUUUAACACUUUAACUCUAAUGGCUUACCAAUAGAGAAUUUCUCCUUAUACUGACAAUACAAUUUCAAGCAGACAAGUGAUGGGUAUAAAGAAAAACAUCAAUGAGGAAGUUGUUUUUCUAUCCCACACCAAAUUCUCCAAACUCACAACACAAAAACUGUAUGACAGACAAUAAGAAGAAUUACCAAUGAGAUCUUGAGAGUGAAAGCUCUGUAAUAAGGGCAAAGAAAUUGUGUAAAUUCAUAGAAUCUUUGCGGUAUGCAUCUUUUCUGGUACUAGGUACUUCCUUUGCUGGUCUUACUGGCUGUAUACAUGUAUGUGAGAACAUAUAUGUAUGCAACUGUGGCAUUUGGAUCUCACGGAGCCACCUGACACAUUUAAACAAGAUGAUUAAUAUGACAUGGUCAGAGAAUGCUAGUAUUGCACAGGUGCAUCACACCACCAAAAUGGUUUAAAACUUCCAAUUCAGAAAAAUGUAAAGACCAAAAAUCUGGAUGAUGAAAUGUUUUUCCACAAUUGGCAGUAAUGUCAUAAUGUGAUUUGCCAAUUUGCCAUUUGAUAAGAAAACUGACAAUGCUGCUCAUGUCAGUGUGUUAUGCGAUGCCUUUAUCAGCCCUCAAACAUGGAUGAUUCUCACUGAAAGAAUCGUUUUAUUUGACAUCAGUAUUGUGGUAAAAAACAAAGUGACAGUGGUUUAGUGUGAUCUGUACUCUUACUGACAUCACAGUGGUCAAAAUUUGUCACCAACUUACUCCGCUGCACCUUUGUGUCCAUAGAAUUUUGACCACCAAGAUGAUAAUCAUUUUCAAUAAGAGUACACACCAUGCUAAACCACUGUUGCUUUGUUGAAAUCCCAGUUUAAGAUCAAGGACCCCAAAAAUCAUACUCUCCCAGAUAACACAAACUGGCAGGGACCUAAUAAGCUUGGGCCCCCCUGAGCUCACUCAAAAAAAUUCUUCAUACCCUCCAGACCAGGAGAUCUAAGUGCACGUCCUUGACCCUUUUUUUAACAGUUCCCCUAGCCAACAACGAUAUUAAGUAGGAACUUUGAUUUACCGUUCAGUGUCAUGCUAUUUAUUAGAGAUAAAAUCCAAGGACAAUACUUACACUGACUGGCAAUUACUGUUGUUAGUAAGGUAGUUGAGUGGAUCAAAUUUUCUGUUUUGUUUCCCAAUUUGGAAGAGUGGUGCAAAUCUUUCCAAUCUUUGCUAAUUUUUUGUGCAUUUGAUCAGGCCUUAAAUAGAAAUAAAUGUACAGUAUGCCAUAACCUUAAUUGUUCACAUGUAGUGACACAAAAUCAGUGCUCUGAACAGAAUUUUGUGUUUUUUUGUUAUAAACAUUCUCUAUCUGAUGAAUAUCUGUCUAACUCAUUAGUUUUGAACAUACCAAAAAAUAAUCUACUUUAAUAGACAACCUUUUUUAGCAAACAACAUUCAAACAGUCAUCCUAAGAGUUAAGGUCUGUGAAAUAACACUGUCACCCAGAUUUCAUGGGAACAUUUUGAACUUUAAAUACCAUUUCACACAUUAGCCUAUUGUUGUUUCUUCUUGUCAGGUUAAUGGAAGUGUUUUCUUGAUAUAUUCUUCUCUGUUUUUUAGAAUGGGAAAAAUAGUUAUUCAGAUCCCAUCACUGGGUAUAUGGUCUUCACUGAAGAAUUUCUUUCCAAGCGUAGGGCCUGCUGUGGAAAUGGCUGCAGACAUGUGAGUAACAUAUUAUACUCGUCAUUUAGCAUUCUAACAUCAAUAUGCAUAUUCUCCAUGCUGUUCUCUAUACAUUUCCUUAGAUGCUGACAUGGAGAAUUUGUUUAAUGAUCAAGAGCUUCAAUAGUUGAAGAUCAUAUCCUUUAUUCUCCUGACCUUAAUGUUUGACUCAGGGGUGAAACUGUAAGGAGAGAUCAGAUGCUAGUCACUCCCAGGGUCAAAGGGUUAACUCUUGUGUCAUGCAAAAACAUGAUUUGUUUUGGAGAGUAUGUUUUAUAAACUCUUUUUUCAUCUUUAUUUCAGUGUCCAUUUGGUCAUGAGAAUGUACCACACAGUCAACGCAAGAAGAAAUUUAAUUCAGCGUUUUACGUUUAAAAUCAAACAGACAGUCAUGCAAUUAAAUUAUUACAGAAAUGAUAAUGUAUACAGCUUCAGGAAAAGACAUAUGUUUGAGACAAACACUUCAUUAUAAUCAUUAUGAAUUUUCCUGAAGCAAAUUUCAGUCUUUUGAAAUGAAAUUGGAUUGUCAAAAAAAUCAGCCUGAAGCGUCAUGGUUUUCUAUACUUUGUGCUUUCUCUGUAUUGGAGAGACUAAGGAGUAACCAUAACGCAAAGAUUUCUCAAUGUAACAAGGAUGUGGAAAUUAUAACAGCAAUAAUAAUAUUUUGUAUUGGUUACUGGUAUUUAUUAAUAUCAUUAUCAAACAUUCAAACUAAAAGAAAUACGACAUAAUUUAUAUGUGUGUAUGUGAGUGAGUCAUGUGAAAGCACCCCUGUUUUCAAGAGAUAUUUGCAGUCUGUGCUAAUGUAUUUAAAUCCUCUGGUAUGAAACAAACAAAUAAACAAGUUGGCAUUUGUCCCCAUCACUUUGUUGUUUUGGUCAGAUUCAUUAAGUGGUUUCCUUUUUGGAAGCUAAAAUCAAGAAGUUAGUGACAUUGAAGAAGGAUGACAUCCAUUUCUUGUUUUUUUUAUUUGCCAUUGGGACCCUGUCAAAUAGUGAGCCUUGGGGGGGGGAAUAUAGGGGAUCAGCCAUAGGGGAGGAUAUAUAAUGGGAUGCAUAUAGGGGAAGAGAUAUAGGGGAGGGCACAAAGGCAAGGAGGUACAAGGGUGGGGACAUAAGAGAGGGCAAAAAGGCAAGGGGAGACAAGGGAGGGAACAUAAGGGAGGGCAUAUAAGGGAGGAGAUACAAGGGAAGGGACAUGAUAGAAGGCAUACAGGCGAGAGGAUACAAGGGGAGGGACUUGAGGGAGGACAUACAGGGGAGGGGACACAAGGGAGGGCAUAUAGGGGAGGAGACAUAAGGGAAGGGACAUGAUAGAGGGCAUAGCCACGUUUGACCCCUUGACCUAGGUUUCACACUAAGUUUAAAUUUCUUUCACUUUUCAUCUCCAUAUUUUUUUUGUCUUUGGGUCUCUAUACUCAACAAAAACCAACCCUCCAUAAUCUAAGUCGAUCUGGGAACAACAGACCAAGACGUGAAAACCUAUCGACGUCCUUUGGCAAAUCAGCUUGGAGUAUCAAUGAGUACCUCUCAUUUCUUAGGUAAAAACGUUUUCAACAUUUUGGGACGAAUUGUGAUUGUCAUCAACAUUUUGAGACGAAUUGUUAUUGUUUGGAAUUCCAUUCAAGGCCGGUAAAAGCAGACAGAAAAAAGGUAAAUCCUGAGGAAAACAGGAGCAGCCGUGGCAGUUCAGCAAUAUUAGGCUCGUUAACAUUCCAUCUGAUUUCUUCGAUUACAAGACCCCAAUAUAACCAUUAAUGAAGCUUUAAGAACACUGAAGAGUAUUUCUAAACAAAAAUAAAGUUAAAUCAGCCACAAACAGAAGCCAACUCAGACGAUAAUCCAGUAAAAAAUAACCUUCAUUGCUCAAAUGAUUUUGCGUUAGUCUACAGAAACCUCAGGACGAAACAGCCAGAAUUUAUUCACAUUCGAAUUUAAUUACUUGUUAUUCUCACCAAGUAAAAUUUUCAUCGCUUUGACAAAUUCAGAUUCCAGUUCUCUUAGAUUUCUAGAUUGCACCCAUAAACUUUGAGCAAAAAUUUCCCGCUGUUUGGUUAAAAAGCGAGUGAAAAGUUACGUUUGGCAAAUAUGGUAAACAUAGAAAUAUAAUUGCCGAUACAAUUUAAACGAUUUUUUUUUGCUGACGCGCUCAAUUCGCCAUUUAUUUCACUAAUAGAAUUUGAUUAAUUACAGUUUCUUUUCAAGUGUUAAACGCAAAAUGCGAAUAAAAUAAUUUACAAUUAAAGUUUUACCGUCUCUGGUGGUUUAUGUUAAGAGUAUUCUGAUCUUCUUAAUAACGUGUUAAAAUUAUGAUACAAUUUCCUUUUAAUGUAUAACCCCUUAAGUGUGUUGUUUGCAGAAAUAAAACACAAUUCUAAUUGGUAGACGGUUUCACUGAAAACUAAGGCGACAACUAAGGCAUUUCUUUUUUUACGGCUACAACAAAUUGAAAUUGUUAGGUUUUAUUUUUUAAUUUGUGUCUAUUUGAGAGCUUAAAAGUUUAAUUUAAUAUAGCGAAUUAAGAGAAGAAUAUUCUUUAGUUGCAGGAAAAUUGGCUCGGCGGUAUCAAGUUUCAAUCAUGCAUAAGAAUGGGACUAGGAUUGCGUCAAACAAAACUAAAUCUCGUUUUUACUCUAAUCCUGAGUCAGUAUCAAAUUUUUCCAAUUCAUUUCAGCCCCUGAAAAUAUAAAAAAUAUGAUUUAGUAAAAACGUAAAAUAUCAAUUAUUUACGAAAAAACGUACCUAAACCAUACUGCUUACCUCUCAGGCCAAGUGCGAAAAUUUCCUAAGUUGUGAAUUUUAAAUAAGCGUUCGAUCUAAAACGUUCACCCGAUGAAAAAGCAGCCCACCCAUCGAAGUAUAACUCUUUAAUAUUUCUCAAAUUUUGUUGCAAAACAUAUUUUUAACCCUUAGCAAUCUAUGACAUUCGCUGAGAAAUUUCUUAAAGUUUGCAAGUCGGAAAUGACGAGAAUUGUAUACAUCUUUCGCUGACUUAAUGAUUCGAGGUGCCAACUGUAUGUUUUCAUUUACUCAUUUCCUUGGGAAACCAAAUCGUUGGAACGAAAUUAGAAUUUAAAAUGUAUAUCGUUAACUGUAGCAUUGAACACAGAUUAUUCAAGGCUCGUUUUUAAGCUUCUUUCAAUGUGCGGUAAUGUAUCUUUCUCCUAAUUAGAUUAUAUUUGUUUAUCAGUCCAAUGCAGGUGGAAGAAUAUGUUUUCAAUUUUCACAGCUGAAAUUCGUCCCAAGAUGACACAUCGCUAGAAGCUAAUUAAGAGUAUAUAAUUUAUUAAUUAACGGGAAGCUGAAAAUUCGAGGAAAUUCCCUCAUCGACAAGCGAGCCGCCGUUGAGAUUCUGUCGUGAAUCUUGGUUCUUGCGGGAUUUUGUCGCUCGUUGGCGCCCCAUACAAUAGCAUUCUUGCUUUUUUAACGUUAAGAAACAGGUAAUCGGUUCUUUGUGAAAACAAUGACAGCUCCCCCUCGAGUGUACAGAAUCUUUAUUGUUUUUAUCAGCUUUCCGGAAUAUUGUGUUUAUUUUUCAUUACAAAAAAACAAAAGUAACCGAAAACCAAAAGCCUUGGCACAAUUUGAACGAAGUAUUGUCACAUUGAGUAAAUUGUGGUAAACCCUUUCAAUGGCCUUGAAGUUUUUUAUUCCCGCCAGGGAACCCAUUUCAAUGUUGUUUUCGUCAGAAAUUGGCACGUGCCGCCACGCGACGCCCCCGAGGUUAGCAAAGGACCCAACAAAAGGGUCGAGCUUUUGUUUAAACACCUUGCAUAUCGCCGAGAAGAAAAUACUUGGGCACGUAUAGCUUUUAGAGUGUAUGCGAGUGACCAACCCACCAGAACGAAUUUAUUACUGUUGUUAAUUAUACUCGCACUGCCGAUUGAUUAAAGAUCAGGACUUGGUACAGAAUUUGGACGCGCUGAUCGUCAACGAAAUUAAAAAUCCUUUUCAGACAAUACGUUCUGUCAAUACUUUUAGCAACAAUACACCGUGUGUACAUCUUACACACUGUUGUUACCUCUCCAAUCAGUAAAAACGCCAUCGUGGACAUAUGCAAGGCAGCGUGUUGACGCUCGUAAUCGCUCAAAGACGCCUACAGACGGCAUGAUAUGUUUAAAAUUUUGACAACAAUAAAUCAUACGAAUAUUGCGGUCGAGAUGUUUGCCUUCCCAUCGAUCAAGUUAAAAGGUUUUCCUGUUGAAGGCACACUUUUAUUUUGAAAGAACGCAUGCGCACGAGUUAUCGCAUUGCAAUAAUUUUAUGAAGUGUUAUUCACAGUAUUACUUUCAUUUCACACACAAAAUUAUUCAAACAAAAUGUAUUAAGAAUAGGUUUUACAUUAUAUUGAUCAAGAUAAGUAAACUUCAGGCAUCUUUGUUUCAAACAACCACACUCAAUCGACUCCUUUUAAAUUUCCUCUUUAGAACGAGAUCUUGUUGUGUUUCGGCGAACUUUUUAUCACAAUGCCCCGUUUAAGAGGUCCUAUACUACUAAGAGAGGAAACUGUUCUCUCUCCACAAACGCAUGAAAAGCAUUGUGUCUACAUUUGAAUUUGAAUAGACAUAUCUCUCUCUCAAACGGAAACAAAACUGACACUUGUACGACAGACACGUGUGGCCGUAUUUUGUUCCGGAUCGUGAGUCAAGUGCCCUUGUAACUCAAAGAACAAUUUCCCCAUUUAAAUGCAAUUUACUCUCAAGAGAAGUCGGAAACGGGCCGAUAUUCUGUGCAUCUCAUCGUCCUUAAAAGCGAAAUGACGGAAAGAGAAUCAUCUGAGUGCUCUCGAUUCACCUGUUCCCGAGCCUAAAACAUAUGGAAAUUACUAUGCAAUAUUUAAAUAAAGGGUUCAUUUCAGGAGGGGUUCCAUACCUUAAAAAUACACAGCUGCAACCGUUGCGAGAUAUUUAGCUAGUGGUGAGGGCAAGUAUUCACCGCAACUAGCAAAGCUACGCGACUAUCGACUCUGAUCAAUCUGCCUAAGCCAGCUGGAAGCGAAGUCCACUUUCACCCGUGCACAUGUUUCGAGACCAGUUUCAGGUAAAGAGUGAUGUGAUUUGAACUUUCAGUGGUUUCCAUCGCUUUUUGCGAAUUUUGGCUCGUCAAAAUAAUGGCUUUUCACAGAGCGCGAAAGUGAUAAGGAACUCCGGUUGAACUUGAAACAAUUUUAUCGAGGCAAGGUUAAGGGUUUUUUUUAAGGAAGUGUGAUUGUUUCGUCUAGUCCAUAAACGUGCACGGUUAGCAGGAGUUUUCUCUUUUGAAGGUUAAUCCUUCUGAAUGCAAAGAUCAAAUGGUUUUUUGCCUUUCUCAAAAUCUUCCGGUACCUCUCAAGCCAAUGUGUUAAUAAGAAAAGGUUUACCACUUUUUUUUGCGAGUCUGAAAUUGAAUUAUUCCUCGGAUUUCAAGCCCGUGAACCGAUUUAGAUCUGUAUGUCGUGGAAAUUUCAAAAUAUCAUUGCGAACCGAUCAGCCGCAGAUACAAAAGCUUUCUCUCUUUUGUCUAGAGAUUUCUAAAUCUGUACUGUGUAGGUAAUUAAAUGAUACGAAAUGUUUCCGAAUGAAUUCUACUCGAUCCACUAGACUUUCAAUGAGGUUUAUUUCGCAAGAAUUAUAAAAAAAGGUCAAAGGAACACAAGUUUAUACGCUUGUAAUGUUUAGCCACAGUAAUUUAGUGUAAAACUUAAACACCGAUGCACUAACUAGUUAAUUACGACCAGAUCUUUGUGUUUUGAGUUUCGAUAAUUUAAAACCAAAUUUUAUUUUCUUUUACCUUAUCUAUUAGUGGUACAAGCUUUCAAAAGAAUUUGAAUGCCUAACGAAUGAUGUAUCUUUGUGUAGUUCAUUUUUCAUAGUUCAUUUUUAGUGUUUCAAGGUGCUUCUCUAAAAUUCAUCUUUGAUUCGAGCGCUCAGUAACUAAACCAAAACAAGUCCGAAUUUUUUCAAAGAUUAAUAAAAUGUUUGAAGAUCCGUGCUUUAGUUAUGCUAAAUUAGCGGAAAUUUUAUAUCUUUUUGUUUAAUACUAUUUAAUCGCAUGUAUUAUAGUUUUUUGUGGAAAUACAGCCGUUCAGAGAAACGGUUUUCAAUUUUUUAUCUUAAUCGUAAAUCGGGGUUUUGUUCACUCAUUGCGCAAAUGGUUUAAUUGAAAAACUUUUCGGGCCAGCAUAUUCUUAAGUAUAAUGCAUUCUUCUUAAUUCUUAGUUUAUCUGCUUCGGCUCUGAUUAAGAUCUUUAAUCUGACCAUCCACGACUUUUUUUUUUUUUGCAUUUAAAGAGGAGAGCGCUCAUCCGAUUUACCAGCUCAGCUUGUUUUCAAUGUGGUCAUCAAAACUUCUUCCUCGUUUUGCUAAGAGAAAGGUACGAGCAAAACUUUUUUUUUUGAAAAAAAAUUGAUGCAAAUACGCGCCUAACACUUGUUCCUGUUAUUUUUAUCCAUUUAUGAACUAGAAUUGAAUGUCGUAUGUUUUCAUAACCAGAAAACCCCCCUUUGACAAGGCAAUAAGCUGAAAUUGAUUACGUCCUAGCUUUCAUUCAAGUUUUACAUUUUUCAAUGUCAUUCGCUGUCGAUACCCUUGUCAAGCUUGUUUAUUUAUUAGCUGGCUGUAUCUAGCUUAGGUAUUUACAGAAUGCGUAGGCGGUGCAAGUUUUCGUUUAUAUUUCUGAAGGAGGGGAAUUAAUAUGAUAUACUGGCCAAGGUUGGCCUUGUAUGUAUGCGCACACCGCUUGCUCCUUCAGUUGCCGAAAGACUGAGAUUUCACUUUUAACGAGCGUAAAAAUGAUGUUAAUGGUUUUCGAGUUAAUUUGGCAAGCAUUGAGAUCAAGAGACUGAAAAUUUGAAUGCGAAAAGUGAAUUCUACAAUCAGAUUGAAUACAAUCAUGCGCAUUUGAUUUUCUUUGUUAAGAGGGCUCAGAAAUCUUUUGGAAAAGCCAUUUUGAUCGCUAAAUACAGUUCUUUAGCGCCCGAAUUAAAUCACAGGUGAAAUGUAAUCAAUUUCAAAAACUUGUCAAUUAUUUCAAAAGGUAAACAGUUUGGCUCGAUUUUACGCAUGUCAAAUUUCCUUUAUAUUACUUUGUCUUUCUCAGACCCAUUGUUUAGCCUUUCAAGGCUGUUAGCAUAGAAUCAAAAGGUCCUUUAAGUUCUUUUGUACUAGUCGAGUUAAGAAAACAUCAUCAAAUAUUCUGUGCACAAUUAAUACCAGUUAUACGUGUAUUGAGUAUUGAAGGCAACCAAAAAGCGUGAGCGCUUAUUCCCGCUUUCUUCGUGACACUUAAAGACUUGCUACUCCUCCACUUGAAAUUUUAUCAGAUUUUAUUAAAAGUAAACAUGAGAGGAAAACGGAAAUAUAGGUAACAAUGAUGUAUCAAACGCGGAACCCAGUUCACUGUUUAUAACACACACGUCAAUCACGGCCAAGCAAUGAGAUCUGAUUGGUUGUAAAGCUGUGAAAUCGACCUCCGCUUUCUUGCUCACUUCGUUCUACUUGCUAACGAACAAACCAAGAGUACUUCGCUCCCCAUGCAAGCACGUAACGGAUUUUCUCCCAACGCGUGACAAGAACAAACUGUGUUAUUAGGGAAUAUAACGUAUUAUUUGUAGGCUUGCUGAAGCGUACGAUCUCAACUUAAUACCUAAUUUCGCGCGGUGCCUUCUGGAAAUUGUACCACAGCUCAAAUCGCUGGUACGUAAGCUUAAGCAGGUAAUAUUAAGUUUAGCAAAAUCCGGACGCGUAUCAUGUGAAACCUUACCGAUUCUACGCAGCCCUUUGUAGCAUGGCGAUUUACAAAUCUACUUGAAAUUUUAAGAAUUCAGAUGCUAUAAUGUAGUUAUUGUUGGAGAUUAUGUGGUGUAUCUUGGUGGAAAAUUAUCGAACCGCCCAGGAAGCGAAAAGAAAGGACUUGUUUGGUUUCAUGCAUUGUGUAUGGGUCCAUUUAACUCGGUGAACUUUAAGACGACGGCCGGAAAACAAAACGCUGCAGAGGAUUUAAAGAGAUUCAACCACCGAGAAGUUGUAACUGCUUCCAUUUAAAAAAAUGUUCUUUCAAGAGGUAAAAGAAUCCUUGUGUAACUGUGCGAAGUGUUUGUGUUUGUGUUGCAUUUGAAAUUAACACAAAGUAUGCUAAUUCCCGUACAAUACAGGACACAGCAAAUAAGUCAUAAUGGUCUCGACGUCCUGUUUAAUUUAGUGGCGAUUUCUCGUCGGCGAUUAGAACGUAAUUGUUUAUGAUGUUGUUCAAAGUUGAAAGGAGCCCUAAACUACUUCAAUUAGAGAACAAGUCGGCUGAAAAGUGUAAGAUACUGAGAGAAUUUUUCCGGACAGUACGAUCACUUUUGACAGAGAGUAUUAUCUUAGUGUAACUUUCCUUGGUUUCAAGGAGUUUCUUGGAAGCCAUUUCAGCAACAAAGCUAAUACCACUGACGCUCUGACAAUUCAUGCAUUCCUACGAAAACCACAGCGAAAUUGCUCUAAAGUCGAAAUUCCCUGCAGGGAUAAGCGACAUUAGCACAAUCGUGGUCCAUCACCUUCAGAAAAAUUUGUUACAAAAACUUGUCAUCAUGAAGAGGUCUGUUCUGGUUGUAUUUUAGGUCUUGCGACAACGAAACCACAAUAUUCUACUCAUUCGGUAUAGAUACGCUAACUGACAAUAAAAUAUUGCUUCUUUUGUUAAAUAACUUUUUCUUCUUAAAUUUCCCUUCCAGGCCAUGCCUACGGCAGAUCAAGUCACUCUCGACGAAAAAGCCUCCUUCUGUGCAGGUUGUGGUACAAGGAUUAUCGAGCGUUUCUAUUUGAUGGCGGUCGAUAGAGAAUGGCAUGUCGAGUGUUUGAAAUGCAGCGAAUGCAGCUUGAGGCUGGACAACGAGCUUACGUGUUUUACCAGGGACGGGGCCAUAUUGUGUCGAGAAGAUUACUACAAGUGAGUCACUAUCAAUCGCAUCUCUCUUCAAAUUUUCGCAAUUCAAGUGACCCUUAGUUUUUACGUAAGUCGCUAUCGUGCGAAUUUAAUUGAUUUUUCUAUGUAAGGGUGAUUGCUUCCCAUGCUCUCAACUUUAUCUUAAUUCUUUGAAAAUGAUUUUGCCGAUACUGAUCUUUAGUUUGUUUUAGAACGUUCUGUUUUAUUUUUCUUCUCCUCUGAAGGGGACUCACUUAUUUCAUAUACAUAUAUAUGUGGCUGUUAUCACGCGCAUAUGCAGAUAUAUAGCGCUGACCGAGAUAUCUACUUGCGUGUUAAGUCCUCUUGUAAUAAUAAAAACAUCUUUUUUGUUAUACGUCAUAACACUUGAAGAUAAAUUUUUGAAAUUAAUUUUGACUGUAUAGCAAUGGUCAUUUAGUCCAAACAAAUACAAAAACUAUACCCUAGAAGAAAAAAACAAACAAGAAGAGGGAAAAAAUAACAGAGGAAAAAACGAGAUUGAUUUUUUUUUGUCCAACUGUUUCUUAAAACAUCUUUUCUUUAAGCCUUCAAAGGCGCCGACGUUUUCCAAAAUAUUUAUUCUGUAGUUGGGUAACACAGGUAUGAAAUAUUAGAUAAGAUUUCAACCUAGCUAGCUAGCGUUUUUUUAAUACCGGAAAUAAUAUUGGAAAGUUUGAAGAAUUACCAAUUCUUCAUUGGAAAGGGUAAAUACAUAUUCCGGCGCUCGUUAAUAAAUGAAAUUUUCGAUUCUGAUUCGACAAGCCAAGGAAUGUUUAUGGUUUAACAAAAAUCUAUCAAAUGAGAUAAUUUUUAAGUCCAAAUAAAAUUUGGGAAAAAAUUAAUAUAACUUGCUAAAGCGCUUAUUUUUUGCUAAAAUUUUUUAAAAAAUUACGUAUUGGCAAAAAUGCCAUACAUCAUUGUUUCCUAGAAAGGAGUUAAGUGUUCUUCGUUGUUUUAUUAAGAGUAUAAAGGCUGGUUUUGUAGGUUAUCAGUUAGUAUCGGUCAAGAUGAACCGAAUUAUAUUCUAUGUCAUCAAUUAGACGCCAGAAAGCCUGGUAAGUAAUGAAAAUAGCUCGCGGAUUUACGUCCAAAUUAUGCCCAAGAUUCCGAACUGUUUGUUGCGGGUUUGCGAGAUAUCAACAGACGGCAGUGUUGACAAUACGGUGAAUGCACUUGAAAAGCACUUGGCAUAUUAUAAAAAAUCUUAAUGUUGAUAAGGAUUUUUCAUUAGAGAAUGGACCCUCAAUCAAAACAUUUUAUCUUUAGGGAAGUUUCCGACAAGGUUUUUUACCAUUUAAAGCCGUAUCUUAUUUUUUUUUCAUCAUAUUAAAUGGACUAUUCUUUAUUGUGAACAUGUUGUAUUGUGUUGUAUUGAAAGAAAAGGAAUAUAUUCUGUUCGUUUAAAAAAUUUUCAGACAUUUGUUCAACAUAUAGUUGCCUUUAUUUUCCGCGUUGAGUAAUUCGCGCGCAGUAAAACUUUCAUUUUCACAUUUUUCGAUGUCGAGUUCAGUGAUUGCGAGAAGCGAGCUAAAAAAAAAAUUCGUCAACCGAAGAAAAAUCGAGAAAUUACUCAGUUCACCACAACACAGUGUGAGAAAUGUGAAAAAUUAAGGGUACCUGAAUAGGGUCAGUAAUUGCAAGACAAAACAAAUCAAUUCAGACGGAAAGAAUUUUUUAUCUUAUUUACACGCAAUCCUCACCGUUCGAUCUUCCUGGUACAGUCGCGAAGAUUGCAAAUUUUGCGAAAGCAAUGGUACUCGCAGGAUAUCGAAUUCCCUGUAACAACGUUGUAUUCAACAUCUUCAAACUUUUUCAAGUUCUUUUUCAAAGUUGGUCUUUAUCGAAAGAGGAAAAACAGAGCUUCGUAAUAUGCAGCCUCUUCAACUUUUUUUCCUCAUGGAAGCCAGAAAAUAAGCAAAAAAAUUUUCGACAGAAAAAUUGAGCCAGUAAUUGUACAUACGGUGAGAAUUUGAAUUGGACAGCGUUGAAGUCUAUCCUUAUUUACUGUCAGUCGCUGCUUAUGAUUUACCUUGAGUUAUGAGCUGAUUAAUACCUAAUUGCAUAAUUAGUGAAAAAAUUUCAAAUUGUGCAGUGCUGUCGAUGAUCAGUGAACUUUCACCUCCUCGAUGAUGUAAGCAAUAUUGAGAGCGUAGUUUUAAAAGGUUUACCGCCUGAAAUGCCAGGGGAACAGAGGAAAAUUUUGUUAAUCACUAGCCGUUGACUCGUAUGGGUUUUUCCUCGUCUUCUCAUAAUAUCCUUAAAUUGAUUGGUACGCCGCUAAAUCGAUGAAAAGUGCGGGCUGUGAGUAUUACAAAACAUCUCUCAGUUAACCCUACAAUAGAAGAUAGAUUUUAAUUAAUUAGAGCGCGCGUGAUUUUUCAGUUAUUCUAUGAAUAACAAUAAACUAUGUGCGUUUUUUUUUUGUGUGUUUUUUUUUUAUAAAUCCAAAAGUAACAUUUCAGUUGAUUUAGAUUGUUUUCUGUAUAUUAUAUUUAUCUUAUGAUAUUCUGAAUUGAUAAGGACUGGUUGUUGUUCUGUCGGGUUCUUCGAUUACAAGACUACCUUAAGUUAUUUUAACGCACUCAAUCUGCCUCUUACAGACAAGAGGCUAACUCCAGUCCUCAUUCUCUCUCUGCCAGGCGCUUCUCAGUGAAUAGAUGUGCUGCUUGUGGCCAAGGUAUCUCCAGCAAAGAGCUGGUGAUGCGCGCCCGCGAACAUGUUUACCAUAUCAGCUGUUUCGCCUGCGAUCGCUGCAAACGAAUCUUAGCCACUGGCGAAUACUUUGGUAUGCGUGGAAUGCAAAUCUUCUGCAAAGCGGACUACGAGAUGAUACUCCGAGAGGAAGCGCAGGCUUUAAAAACGACGUUAGGUUCUUCGACAACUAAAGGAAGACCUAGAAAAAAGAAAAUGUCCGUACCUCUGGAAGGCGUAGCGGCUUUAUCAGGUGAGUUUUAGUAAACAAAGCGCGCUGAUUACCCAAACUGCUGACUAAUGAGAGGUGAUAAUAGCUCUUAUUAGCUUUCAGUUAUGGUUCUCAAACAACCGAGAACUUUGUUUUAAACUAUUUUUCUCCGUUUUGUUGUUGCCAUUGCUCUGCCGCAAUAUAACCCAUUUCGCCUGGAGCGACCAUCUGACGAUGAGAAUGAAGCUUUUUACUCCGCAGUUAGAGUGUCUUUCAUUUCAUUUGCCCGAGGCAUCGGUUUUUUUAUUGUUUGUGCGCGCCCCUAAUACAUGACUUAUCUUUUGGGCAGAUUUUUUCAUUUGAUUCGCAAAGACAUCUGCUGUAAUAUCUUAUACUCAAUGUGUGUAGCCUUAAGCGUGUUAAGCGACAAUGGAUGGAAUGAAACGUUUGAUUUAUACGAGAUACGCCAUAGAACGUUUUUCAUGCACUGGCGACAUCUGGACGGCAAAAUGAAUAGUCUUUAGGUUUUAAAAUAAGCGUAAUAUGGGCGUCUUUUUCAACUUAAUUCAGGAUUUUUUGUUCCCUCGUGGGACCACUGAACACAAUAGUUUUUCUUAACAACUGCGGUGUUGUUUUGUUAGGAAAUUUGCACGUAAUUUUCAACUACUUUUCAAUUCCGUCGAGUCCUUAAUUUACACGUCAAUGCGAAUUCAAACAACAAAGAAAGUAUUUUUGAAAUGAAGUGAAAGUGGCUUUUUGCACGAGCGCCGAGGCGUUACUUACUAAUGGACAUUACAGCUGUCUUCAUCGGUAACUACAAAAAAAAAAAUUGCCACUGUCUCUGUAGUUACUUUUCAUAUGGAUUUGUAAGCGUUAUUGCAAUAGACAGCUUGGUAAAAACGAUUUACUUCUUUUGUUAGAUAUUUAUCUCCGAAAGCGCUGUUAUUAAACCUGAGCCAGUGUUGUUAAGUAUUCUUGACUAUGUUCUAAAUAAGUGCAUUUUCGAAUAGAAUUACUCGACGUUUAUUAACAUUAAAAAGUGUAAGUGGACGUACUUAAAACCAACAAAAGGCUUUUUUACUUUGUUUAUCAGCAUAUAGCGUAAACGAAACGUAAAGCCGGUUAGCUUUUUUUCUUUAAAUUCUGUUUACGUAGUAAAUUAUCUUGCCUGGCUGUAAAGGAGAGCUGGUUUUCUUUGCAAAGAUGGUUAUGGUUAACCUAACUUUCCAAUGAACUGAAGAAAAACCGAAAAACGAUAAUUUAUGUGUUUAUCGAAAAAUAAGUGGUCUGGUGUAUAAGUGGAAGCAAAGUAACCUAAAUAAACAACAUACUGUUCAUUAUCAAGUAGGAGUUAAAUGGAAGCUGAUAAGCCGCCGUAACGAAUUUUGAAAGCCGGGCCCAGUUAUUUAAAGGGAGGAUAACACUAUCCAACGGUUAAAUUGCUAUCUGGUGGAUAAUUGAUUGCAAAACGUCCAGCGUUGUCCACCGUCUAGUGAUUUAUCCAGUGGAUAGCGUUAUCCAACCUUCGAACGACCGGAGCCUGGUGCUUAGAGCUUACGCCCGUAGUCGGGGCAAAACGUAAAAGAAAAUCUUGAAAUUUCUGCAGGAGUGCCUCUCAGGGUAAAAAUAAGCAGCAAUUUGUUUUCUCGUAAACCACCAAAACAGAUACGUUCCAAACAACAAGCUCUUCAAAAAUUCAGCAGAGAAGUGUCUGUCAUAUGCUCCUAAAUUGUGCAAAGUUGAUAAAUCUGAACGCAUCGCUAGCGGUAAUUUAAUAAAUUAUAGGCUUCUUCCUGGGGCGCCACGGUCUGGUUGUAGAUGAUAGUUGUUACGUAGACUGAAAACCCGUCCCGAACUGACAUAAACGAAGUGCCCUGAAACACGUUUAUUAUUACGCCACUACACAUUAGAAGAGUAAAAACCACAGGGUAUACUAUGAUAUCCUUCUGCCUCGUACAGUUGACAGGCCUUAGCGAAGUAAGUCCGCGUAUCAUAACAGCAAUAGAAACCUCAAGCAGUUAGGACAGCAACACUCAGGAAGACGUCGAAUUUCGAAAAUUACUGUAUAUGAAAAACGUCUCAUACGGUGCCACAUCUCAACUCCAGUCUAACGUAUGUAAGCAGCGACAAGUUCCAAAUGGAAAUUGAAAUCAUUUGCCGUCGCGGUUUCCGUUCGAAAACGACACAAAUUUUGGUGAUUUUAGGUUGUCGUUUUGCAGAGGGCGGCUAAGAAAUGUACAUAGUUUUAAAACGCACGUGCUGAGCUAUUGUUCUACCCAUUAAAUCUUUUGUUUUGUCACGUUCCCAUUACCGUUACCGUCUUAAUUUGCUGUAGGUCCCCAAUGACUGACUUACCACGAAAAGUUUUGAUUACAUGAAAAAGCAUCACAGAAAGGCAAGACGGAAGAAAUUUUAAAAGCGUGCGCGCUAUUUGUAAUUUGUACUCUUGUUGCGACUCUGCACUCAUGUCACAACUUCACAUCGGUGUUACAUGAGAAUGCACUCGUUUUCAGCCAAUUAGAAACGCGUAAUUUAUUAAUGUACACAACAUAUAUAUAUUUUGAGAUAAGGAAAAAAAACAAGGAGACUAUACUUUCAUCCCUACAAGUCUGUUUUGUGGUUACUCACUUAUCAGGGGAUUUUAUUGUGAAGAAUAUUCGUAACCAUCGUUGUAUAUAUAAUUUACAAAUUUGCAUAAUAGGCGUGGCGGAAAAUUUAAAUGUUUCGGUCAAUUGUUACGCAGUAACGCUUUGUUUCUGUGGCGGCACGAGGACACGAGUUCAUUACGUUUAUUGAGUGAUGAUAAUUCAGGUCGGCAGAUGAUGAGUAAUUUUUCUUUGAGGCAGAGGUUACAUUAGUUAAACCCGUUUUAACUAAAAAUGUUUUGCUGUGUGAAUGGGGUAACCAGCUGACGAUGGCCUUGAAUGCUUUGCCACUAAACAAACUAAACUUUAUACAUGAUACUCAUUAUGUACGGUGCAAGUGGUACUCUUUCAGACAUGAAUUGAAAUUUUUGUGCCAUUCGUAAGACUCAAACAUCAGAAUAACUUUUUGUGCAUGCGUUUGCGCAAAUAUAUACUGUGACUUUUCACCCGCUCUCGCUUAAAUAUAUUUUAGCUUUGACUAGUCACCAAAUAAAAUAGUUUUGUAUUAACAAAAAUUUCGUAAUUUCCUUUUUUCCAGGAUUUACAAUUUCGGACAAUGAAAGUCACCUUGGUCAGCACAAUGGGGACACAAAACCCAAACGCAUGCGCACAUCGUUCAAGCACCAUCAACUUCGAGCAAUGAAAGCGUACUUUGCAAUGAAUCACAAUCCUGACGCAAAAGACUUGAAACAACUCUCACAAAAAACCGGCCUCUCUAAAAGGGUUUUACAGGUUUGGUUUCAAAACGCUCGAGCGAAGUACCGCCGAACGGUGUGUAAUCCGCAGGCUCAGGAUUUGUCACCAGAAUCUCAGGACCAAGCUUCGCCAGUAAGCGCAAUUUUAGAGGCAGGAAUAGUUUGACUUUAUAAACUUAAAAAAAAAUUAUAUUCGAUUUAAGGACUAAGGUGGA